GGAUUUUCUCAUACUCGAGCAAUCUAAGUUCCAACUACCUUCUACAAUAUUCGCUACGAUGAAUUGGGCGAUAAUCAUUCGCGAAGAUCGUCUCUAUAAGGGCAAGACCUUGUAUAGAUGGGACGCAUCACCUGGCUUAGAACAUCAUUGCGGAACGUGUGCAACGCCACUUCAUAAUGCUCGUUCAAAGUCUUCCUGUCUUGGUAAGCAUGUUGAGCCUUGCUUCCGAUUUCAUCAGCAGCUGCACUUUCUAGGAAAAUCUCAUGAAUGUCUUGGAUGCAACAUGUCUGAUGAGAUGCACUAUACUCGACAUAGGGAGAUCCUGGCUAUUGUUCGACAGCUCAAUACAUUAGACCAAACCGGUUUAUCUCUUGGAUCUCAGAUGUCGAAGAAAAAAAGUGAAUAUGACAAGAAACGGACAGACUCCGAAACCACCUCCGAGGCAACCGACGCAAUUUCUGAAAUGAGCCUCGAGGAAGAGAAUUUAACAAAGCGAGAAAGAAAGCGGGCAAAGAAGUCAAAAGCAAAGACUAGAAGGAUUAUUGAUGUCUAUAGCCAAGAUGAGAUCAAUUGCAUUAGCGAGGCAUUGCAUGGUCAAAUACAUGAAAGUAAAGGUGCUUGGGAAGGUACAUAUGCUUAUGACAACCGUCAUCUCGAUGCAUCAUCUGCAAAUAGUGGCACGGUCGGAGAGGAUGAUGAAGAAUACGAUGAAUAUGCGGUUCAGCCACCCACUCAAGCUUCCAAUAAAGAAUACAAGACACCCAACUAUCCGACCCCAAAACAACAAAAGGCAGCUAAAAAGCUUACUACAGUAACACCGUUAAAACAACCCAAACGUCGUGGUAACCAGCAAAAGUUCACUCCCGAAACGGCCUACAAAAACGAUCCAUAUGGUGGUGUUAAUCCCCAAAUCUUCUAUCGUCUUGGCAUUGAUGUCAAACCCCCUUCUAACCCGAAAAUCCGAAAAGAACUGAUAGGAAAGCUCAUCGCUGCCAUUAAUAAUGAUCUACAUGUUAUCCGACGGGAAGAAGAAGAGGCUGUCAUCAGAGAAGAAGGUUUCUGGAGAUGGGCUGGACGAAACGCAUUUCGAAAUAUCCGCGAGUAUCGCGAGAAGUUUGACUGGGCAACUGGACAGAAGAUCACCCCGGGUCAGAAGAUGAUUGCGAUGAAAACUGAAGCAGAGCUCUUUGGCGACGAACCUGAAAAUUAUCAGAUUGAUGAUGAGACAGAGGAAGCCAGCAGGCAAGAUAGUCCAGAGAGCGAAGGUGAAGUUUCUAUGGAUGAGGGCAUAUCUGCAAGAAUGAUGGUUGAGAGGAAGGAUACAAAAGAAGUGGCAAAUGGAAGCGAGGAUAAAUUUGUCGAUGAAAAAGAGCAGAAAAUCAAGAAGCUUAAAGUAUUGAGAAUUACCACGGCACACGAAUCGCACAUUCGACCGAAAGCAGGACUAUAUAAGAGCAUCUCGGAGACACCUCUUGGUAAAAUUAAACAAGGCUCUAAGGGUUUCGAAACCGAAGGAUUUGUUGAUUUUUCCGUAGAAGGAGAUGACGAAAUGGAACAUGAAGGUAUUGAUGAUCUUGUUAGAUACAGGACGUAUGGCAGCAAUAAGCUUAAGUCUACUUCUUCUACAUGGGCGAACGUUGUUGGCUACAGCUCAAACGACACGACAAGUACUGCUAAGAAAGGAAAGAAAGUUAUUACAGAUAAAACAAUCAUCCCUCCUCCUAUUGAGGACGACGAGUGGACCACAGUUACGAGGAAGAGGGGAAGUAAGAAGUAAUGUGUGGAUAAGAUAAAGGUUGGCAGGAUUUGCGAUGGAGGAUUUCUUAUAACUGGUGCUAUUUUGUUGGUGUACAUUUUACAUAUGGCUUGCUUAUUUUGCAACGUUUCCUUUUUAAUUUUCAUAGUGCCUUUUUAUGGCCUUCAUACUUUUCUAUUUCCCGAAUGAUGGGAAAGCGGCGAUUAACUCAUGGAGAGCCUAUGAGGCUACGAGCUCGCGAGGUUACGAAGGCUUGAAAAAGCAUGCACGAAUUUCUUUGGUCAGUUUGUUUCAUUUCGUGGCGUCAAAUAUGUAGCACUGAGAUGAGAGAUCAUUCUCACUAAAAAGGAAUGUACACACUACAAUAAAAAGGACA